CCUUGGCCGCACAGGCACUCUGAUAGCAUGCUACAUCAUGAAGCAUUACAGGAUGACAGCAGCCGAGACCAUUGCGUGGGUCAGGAUCUGCAGACCUGGCUCGGUGAUUGGACCUCAGCAGCAGUUUUUGGUGAUGAAGCAAACAAGCCUCUGGCUGGAAGGGGACUAUUUUCGUCAGAAGUUAAAGGGGCAGGAGAAUGGACAACACAGAGCAGCCUUCUCCAAACUUCUCUCUGGCGUUGAUGACAUUUCCAUAAAUGGGGUCGAGAAUCAAGACCAGCAAGAACCCGAACCGUACAGUGACGACGACGAAAUCAAUGGAGUGACACAAGGUGAUAGACUUCGGGCCCUGAAAAGCAGAAGACAAUCAAAAACAAACGCUAUUCCUCUCACAUGUCCCCUAGCUGUGCUGACCUCUGCACUGUGUAGUGUUGUCAUCUGGUGGAUUGUUUGUGACUACAUUCUUCCCAUCCUGCUAUUCUGUCUCGAUGGUUUCAGAACACAGUAGCCAUCAGGACCCCCUGACAGAUAGCUGCUUCUCUCCAUUUCAAGGACUAAAACAGUCUUGCGUUAAGUAAAAACCUGUGACCAGAGCUGAAGGAAGACUCUAGGAACUGAAAACUGCAGCAGAAAUUAGCACAAUUUGAAAACAAAACAAAAUUGCAAAAGCCUUAGUUGCUUUCCACCUAAGAAGUCGAUCAAUGGAGAAAGUGUCCGCUGGAGUUUCGAUAAUGAACUUUGAGUUUGGGUGCAAGCGAAGGACUCAGAGAAGGGCCCAGCUCUCAAGCUGAACGACAAAAAUGCUGUUGUAAAUUUAGUCUCAGGUGUAAAUACCCAGCCCUCUGGUUCCCAGGGAGCUGGCUGCUCUGAGGUGCACGUGUGUCUCUGUGAUGGCAAUCAUUGUAGUUGCUGGCCUUCAGAAGAAUUGAGGAUCUGAUGGAGGUUUUUUAUGUAUUUAUUUUCUGUUCACCUUGUGACCCUGUGUCAAAAUUUGUAAAGAUACAAAAGGCAUUAAUUACUGAGAUGGUACUUUCUGUAAUUUGAUACUAUUUGGCUUAAUCAUCUUCACCUAUUUGUAAUACUGUUGUAAUGUUAACUCUGUUAAGUACCCAAGCUGCUUGUCUUCCACCAAAGAGUGCUUUAUUAACAAGAAUCUGUGAAAACCACAUUUAAAUACUGUUGCAUGUUGUAAGACCAGAUGGUUACCUUGGUAACCUAAAACUUGCAAGAUAAUAUUAAUGGUAGCUUUAGAAGACUCAGGAGGAGAAACUGACUUCAGAAUUGGAAGAUGUUGCAAGUCAUCCCUUUUUCUGUCCUUUAGGGACUGAAGAACUGGGAGGCUGCCCAUUGUUUGGUGCCAGUCAUACAAAUUAAAAUCAUAUUUCCUUCCUUGCAUGGAAGAAACACAGUCAGUUAUUCCCCUUGGAAACAGCAAUCCCAAAUAAUGUCGGCUUAAAAAAAAGUUAACCGCUUUUUAGAGUCCUUCUCUGUAACAUUGGAUUUUUUUUUUUUUUUUUUCUCCUUAUGAGAUCAGUCUAAGGCCAUUGACGCAGCCUGCGAUCUCAGUGACAAUGAUCUGCUUGUGGAUCUCACUGUUGCCUUUGGUUAGGGAACACAACUAGUAACUCUGCAGAGUGCCUUCUCCCCCUACCCUACUGGAACACAGCAGAGUCUGUGCCAUGAAGCAGUUACAGAAACAGAAUUGAUUUGCUGCUUAAAAAAAUAAAAAUAAAAAAAAAAGGCGGGGGGGGCCAAAAUAAAAGAAUAUUUAGUAC